AGUGGCAGAAGCUUUCGCCAUCCCGCCGCCACCCCGACUAGGACGACUAUCAGUGAAGGGAGCCCUGUGAAGACGCGACCCUCCCUCACUCCUGCCCUCACACACACACGACCCACCCUCGCCCACGCAAUGUCGACGCUCCUCCGCCGGACAGGGCAACUAGCGCGCCUCACACGCUCCAACUGCACCGCCGCAUCACGAGCACCCUUCACACUGCGCAGACGCGCGCCCAUUCCACAGUGCUUAUACGCGCAGCAACGGACGCGGAGAUUCGCCACACAGCCGCCCGAGGAGCCCAAGGACAAGAAGCAGCAUGGCGAGAAGCAGGUAGCGGGCAAGGACAGCCCGGCCGAGGCACAGAAGGAUGCAAAGGCGGGCGAGCACGAGGCGAAGGCGCCAGAGGCCAACAUGUCCAAGCUGACGGCCGACGAGGAGAAGAUGCUGGAUCAGCUGAUCUCGUUCGUGUCCAUGGGCGUGCCCAAGGGGCAGCAAAAGGCGCUCCAGUCGGCCGUGGAGGACAUCAAGCGGACGGGCAUCCCGCCAGAGCUGCGCGCUGAGAUGGACAAGCUUGAGCGCGGCGAGAAGCUGGACCUCGCCACCGUCGCCAAGAUCUCGCGCCUGACGACCAACAUGGCGCGCAAGACGGCCGAGCAGUGGCGCUCCAUGGACGAGCCGCCGCGGCCCGACCAGCCCCAGCAGAAGGCGGGCGCACACGACCCAGGGCCACAGAGCCGCGAGAAGGGCGAGAAGGGUGGCGCCGGCGGGCCAGGCGGACCAGGCGGCCCCACGUCCUUCAACCUCGACAUGAACACGGCCCUCAUCUCCACCUUCCUCGCCUGGAUAACAUACCGCAUGUUCGUGCCCAGUGAGAACACAAAGGAAAUCACAUGGCAGGAGUUCCGGACAACCUUCCUCGACAAGGGCCUGGUCGAGAAGGUCGUCAUCCUGAACGGCAACAAGGCAAAGGUGCACCUCCACCGCGAGGCCGUCGCAUCCAUGUACCCCGACUCGCCGUCCGUCAACCAGAACUUCUACUACUACUUCACCAUUGGCUCUGUCGAGGCUUUCGAACGGAAGAUGGACGCCGCGCAGUUCGAGCUGGGCAUCCCCAGCUCUGAGCGCAUCCCCGUCGCCUACUCGAACGAAAUCUCCUGGUUCGGCACGUUCCUCUCCUUCGGACCCACCAUCCUGCUCCUCGGCUCCCUGUUCUACUUCACUAGGCGUGCGGGUGGCGGUGGCGGCGGAGGCUCGAGCGGCAUCUUUGGCAUGGGCAAGAGUCGCGCCAAGAAGUUCAACCACGAAACAGACGUCAAAGUCAAGUUCUCCGACGUCGCCGGCAUGGACGAGGCCAAGCAGGAGAUUAUGGAGUUUGUCUCCUUCCUCAAGGACCCCACACGUUUCCAGAAGCUCGGUGCCAAGAUCCCCCGCGGUGCGGUCCUAUCUGGGCCGCCAGGUACGGGUAAGACGCUGCUGGCCAAGGCGACUGCUGGCGAGUCUGGCGUGCCCUUUUUCAGCGUUAGCGGUUCCGAGUUCGUCGAGAUGUUUGUCGGUGUUGGUGCGUCGCGAGUGCGAGACUUGUUCGCCAACGCGCGCAAGAGCACGCCGUGCAUCAUCUUCAUUGAUGAGAUCGACGCCAUUGGUCGGUCGCGAUCCAAGAACGGCAACUUUGGCGGUGGCAACGACGAGCGUGAAGCUACGUUGAACCAGAUCCUGACGGAAAUGGACGGCUUCAACACGACUGAGCAGGUUGUUGUGCUGGCUGGUACUAACCGACCUGAUGUCCUCGACAAGGCGCUCAUGCGACCUGGGCGCUUCGACAGGCACAUUAACAUCGACAAACCGACUAUGGACGGCCGUGCACAGAUCUUCGGUGUCCACUUGAAGAAGAUCAUCACAAAGGUGGAUAUGGAGUUCUUGAAGGGCAGGUUGGCAGCUCUGACGCCCGGCUUCUCCGGUGCCGACAUUGCCAACUGCGUCAACGAAGCCGCCCUGAUCGCCGCCCGCCACAACGCCGAAACAGUAACAAUGGUCCACUUCGAGCAAGCCAUCGAGCGCGUAAUCGGCGGCCUCGAGAAAAAAUCCCUCGUCCUCAAACCCGAGGAGAAGAAAACAGUCGCCUACCACGAAGCAGGCCACGCUAUCUGCGGCUGGUACUUCAAAUACGCCGACCCCCUCCUCAAAGUCAGCAUCAUCCCGCGUGGCCAGGGCGCCCUCGGAUACGCUCAGUACCUCCCCAACGGCGACACGUACCUCAUGAACGUUAAUCAGCUCAUGGACCGCAUGGCUAUGACGCUCGGCGGAAGGGUGAGCGAGGAACUGCACUUUGAAACCGUGACGUCGGGGGCUAGCGAUGAUUUCAGAAAGGUUACGCAGAUGGCGACCGCGAUGGUGAGUAAAUGGGGUAUGAGCAAGAAGAUCGGGUAUAUAUACUUCGAAGACGACUCUGGGCAGCAACUGCAGAAGCCGUUUAGCGAGGAAACAGCGCGGAAUAUCGACUCCGAGGUUAAGAGGAUCGUGGAUGAGGCGUAUCAGCAGUGCAAGGACCUGCUCACGGAGAAAAAACAUGAAGUUGGCCUUGUGGCGGAGGAGCUGCUUAGGAAGGAGAUGCUGGGGAGGGAGGAUAUGAUUCGUCUUCUGGGUCCACGCCCGUUUGAAGACCCGCAGGACUUUCAUAAGUACUUCUCGGGUGAGUUUGGGAAGGCCCCGGGUUUGAUGGGACCCGGUGAUGGGGGGGAGACGGGGGUUAAGGGGCCGUUGGUGCCGCCUGCGCCGGCGACGUUUGGGGUGCAUGAGGGUGGGGCGAGGUGA